GAAGUGAUUAAAAGCUGAGCGGAGCCGCAGGGGGUCGCUACGGGGAGGGUCUUCAGGGGACCGUCUUGCCCCGGCCCAGUCUGGCCACAGCGCGGGUUUAAAAGGCUACUGGGCAGGCCUGGGUGUCCCGGGCAUGACCGGAGUGUGGGAGACCGAGGAAACUCGGUGCCAGGCGGCGCUCGCGGUCCUGGCCUCGCUGUGCCGGGCCCGGCCGCCCCCUCUUGGGCUGGACGUGGAGACUUGUCGGAGCUUCGAGCUGCAGCCCCUGGAACGCAGUCCAAGUGCGGCCGACGCAGGCACCUCCAUCAGCCUCCUUGCUGUGGUGGUUAUUGUGUCUGGCGUGGCCCUGGUGGCAGUUUUUCUCUUUCUCUUUUGGAAGCUGUGUUGGAGAUCCUGGAGGAGCAAGGAGACCUCCAGCCCCACGUCUGCUAACCCCACCUUGGAGGCCGUGCAGAGCCCCAGCCCUCCCGGCACCAUGGCGGACAAGCUGAAGGACCCCAGCGGCCUGGGUUUCCUGGAAGCAGCUGUGAAGAUCAGCCACACAUCCCCAGACAUCCCAGCUGAGGUGCAGAUGUCAGUCAAGGAGCAUAUCAUGCGCCACACGCGCCUGCAGCGGCAGACCACAGAGCCAGCCUCGUCCACCAGGCACACAUCCUUUAAGCGCCACCUGCCCCGGCAGAUGCACGUGUCUAGUGUAGACUACGGCAACGAGCUGCCCCCAGCAGCAGAGCAGCCUACCAGCAUCGGCCGCAUCAAGCCGGAGCUCUACAAACAGAAGUCGGUGGACGGGGACGACGCCAAGUCCGAGGCCGCCAAGAGCUGCGGGAAGAUCAACUUCAGCCUCCGCUAUGACUAUGAGGCUGAGACCCUGAUCGUGCGCAUCCUCAAGGCUUUCGACCUCCCUGCCAAGGACUUUUGCGGAAGCUCUGACCCUUACGUCAAGAUCUACCUCCUGCCUGACCGCAAGUGCAAGCUACAGACCCGGGUUCACCGCAAGACCCUGAACCCCACCUUCGACGAGAACUUCCACUUCCCCGUGCCCUACGAGGAGCUGGCCGACCGCAAGCUGCACCUCAGUGUCUUCGAUUUUGACCGCUUCUCCCGCCACGACAUGAUCGGAGAGGUGAUCCUGGACAACCUCUUUGAAGCAUCCGACCUGUCUCGGGAGACCUCCAUCUGGAAGGACAUCCAGUAUGCCACGAGUGAAAGCGUGGACCUGGGAGAGAUCAUGUUCUCCCUGUGCUACCUGCCCACGGCCGGCAGGCUCACACUCACAGUGAUCAAGUGUCGGAAUCUGAAGGCCAUGGACAUCACAGGCUACUCAGAUCCAUACGUCAAAGUGUCCCUGCUUUGUGACGGACGGAGACUGAAGAAGAAAAAAACCACCAUUAAGAAGAACACACUCAAUCCCGUCUACAACGAGGCCAUCAUCUUUGACAUUCCCCCAGAAAACAUGGAUCAAGUCAGCCUGCUCAUCUCCGUGAUGGACUAUGACCGAGUGGGCCACAAUGAGAUCAUAGGAGUCUGCCGCGUGGGCAUCAGUGCUGAAGGCCUGGGCAGAGACCACUGGAACGAGAUGCUGGCGUACCCACGCAAACCCAUUGCACACUGGCACUCCCUGGUGGAGGUAAAGAAAUCCUUCAAAGAGGGAACCCCUCGGUUGUGAGUUCACUCACGUGGAGGCUGCCAGCAGAGGGACUGCCACCCGGAGUUAGGA